AUGUUGUUUAAAUUGUUUUUACUCGCUCUUCUCACAAUCCAACGUGCUCGAGCUCAGUUCGGACCCUUCAGGCAGGCCUUCGACUAUGUCACUGUACGCGAGGGGGCUCACAUGUUCUACUGGCUGUUUUAUACCACGGCUCAGGUCCAGAAUUACACUGAGCGACCACUGAUAGUGUGGCUGCAAGGCGGCCCCGGCGGCUCCUCCACUGGUAUCGGCAACUUCGACAUCUUGGGACCACUCGACCUGUCAUUGCAAGAGAGAAACUACACAUGGGUGAAAAACUUCAACGUACUUUUUGUCGACAACCCUGUUGGUUCUGGUUUCAGCUAUGUGGAUGAUUUAAAAUAUCUAACAACGACUAACAUCGAAAUUGCUGAAGAUUUUUUGGAAUUAAUGCGUGGUUUCUAUCAAUCCCACCCUGAAUUUGAAGGGAUUCCUCUUUACAUCUACGGUCAAUCUUAUGGAGGGAAAAUGGCCGUCGAUAUGGCUAUUUUGAUGCAUAGAGCGGAAAAAGAGGGAGCAAUCCGGUCAAAUCUCCGAGGCAUAGCCAUGGGAAACGCCUGGAUUUCGCCAGUGGACGCCACGCUCACUUGGGGACCGCUCCUGCUAGCGGCCGGCCUCGUCGACAGGAAUGGCUACGAGAACAUCCAACGUGAAGCCCGUGAGGCCGAGAGGCUAUUUAACUUGGGCCUAUAUGAGAAUUCGACGCAGCAGUGGGCAAGAACGCAAAGGGCGGUGUUCAACGCAACGACCAGCGUGGACUUCUAUGACAUCUUAACGAAAAUGACCGUCUCACAACCGGACACCACAAUAAGUGCUUACGAAGCCGCGAGGGAUUUGAUGAUCCGGGGCAGACCCUUUCUGUCCAAAGCCAGACAGAGUGAAAUCGAUCUAAACACUCUAAUGAAUACUCAAGUAAAAAGGGCCCUAAAUAUACCGGAGCAUGUGACGUGGAGCUCCAUAUCAAACGACGUUUUUGACUAUCAACGUGGUGAUUUCAUGAAACCCGUCACCGAAGGCAUUGAGACACUAUUAAAUGAGACCGAUAUUAUUCUUACCAAAUACAAUGGAAAUCUGGACCUCAUUUGUGACACUCCAGGUCAAAUAUUGUGGGUGGACAGGCUUCGGUGGCCCGGAGCGGAAGAAUACAAGAAGGCGCCCCGUCUGCCCAUUUGGGAGAACGAUCGCCUGGAAGGCUAUUACCAGGCAUACAGAAAUUUCAGAUUUUUCUGGAUUAAUGCAGCCGGCCACAGCGUACCGAGAGACAAUCCGGACGGUAGUCGUGCCUUCUUACGCGAUAUGACUUCUUUUGGA